AUGUCUAUUUACAUCAAGGGUGGAGCAUGGACCAAUAUCGAAGAUGAGAUACUCAAAGCAGCAGUGUCCAAAUACGGACUCAAUCAAUGGGACCGCGUAGCUUCAUUACUCACAAAGAAGAAUGCCAAACAAGCUAAAGCCCGAUGGAAAGAAUGGCUAAGUCCGACAGUUGUAAGGAACCUAUGGACUAAAGAGCAAGAUUCCCAAUUGCUCUCGUUAGCCAAGCUCUUCCCCAAUCAAUGGAAGAGUGUGGCUUCUACUUUAGGCCGAACUGCUACGCAAUGUGCCGAGAGAUAUGAACAUCUAUUGGCCGUUGCAGCUGGAGAAACUGGUGGUGAUGAUGAUGAUGAUAGUCAAAGUCUCGGGGUUACUGGACCGGGGAUAGAGACUUUACCUGCUAAAGGCGGAGAGACAAACUACGAGGCUAGACCUUCGCUUCCUGAUGAAGAACAAAUGGACGAUGAUGAGAGGGAGAUGCUUUCUGAAGCCAGAGCGAGAUUGGCCAAUACAAAGGGGAAGAAGGCUAAAAGAAAGGAACGAGAACGAAUGCUUGAAGAAAGUAGAAGAGUGGCAUUGCUCCAGAAACGAAGAGAAUUGAAAGCUGCUGGUAUACUGAUGAGUUUAGUAUCUAAGAACAAGAGAGCUAAGAAAGAGUUUGAUUAUGUUAGUGAUAUUCCUCAUGAAAUGGUUCCUGUUACUGGGCUAUACGAUGUUAGUGAAGAAACACGGCUUAAUGAACAAGAGAGUCGUCAUUUCCAAACAGAUGUCCGGAGACAAGGAAUAGAUAUGAAUAAACCAGAAGAGAAGAAGAAGAGGAAGCAGAGGCAGCAGCAGGAGUCUGAGAAGAUUCAAGCAGAUAGGAAACAUAAACUUUCAAUUGAAGCAGCUGCACAGUUAGUGGAUGAGUUCAGUAACCAUGAGUCGAAGAAACGUAAAAUUGAACUUUCAAAGCCCAUACAAACUUACAUGACGAGUGAAGACGACAACGCAAUCAAAUCAAUUGAUAGUGAUAUUCUACUGAAAUCUAAAGAUUUAUUGGAUCAGAAAGCUCAAGAAGUUACUCCUUUACUUCUAAGAUUGACUCAGGAUACAGUGGAUGGUGAUAAGAAAGAGGUGUCAUCAACACAGAAACCAACUAAAAUCAGACUGUAUGUGCAGAAGUUCUUGAAGGAUAAACUAACAAAGCUUCCUUCACCCAAGAAACACGCGAGACCAAUUGAUAACGGAUUUAAUUUUGAUAAUGAUGUUGAUGCUGAGGAAGAAUUGGACCAACUGACAAGAAAUACCUUGGAUUUGUUAGUUAAAGUAGACCACGAACUUUCUAAGCUUCGAAGGUCUCAAGCAGUACAGAAAGGAUUACCUAUUCCUGAUCCCAAACUACUUAAAGAAAUAGCUACUCUGACACUGGAACUUGACAAGCUUAUAGCUAAAGAGUAUUGUUCUUUAGUUAAAUCUGACUAUACCAAGUAUGAAGACUCUUCAUAUGGUGGUACCAUUAUUGAUGAACUUGAUGAAGAGUUGUUCAAGAUAACCACCCAAGAGAUCCAGAAGGAGACGAACACUAAAGAAAAUACUAGCACAGAUACUACAGAAGAUACUGAUGCUUCUGCUAGUGAAACAACAAUUUCUUCUAAUGCUUCUGCUUCUGAAGCAAUAGAGCUACUCAAUAAAAUUCAAGACCAAAAUAAACAGCUUUCUGAAUCCAUUGCUGUUCUGUCAAAUAAUAGUACGUUUGAAUCCUCUAAAGGCCAAUUGUUAAAGGACAUUCAUGAAGCCUAUGUGGACCUUGUUCAAGCAACAACUGUUCAUAACGGACAAUUAAAGAUCAGUGAAGAUGAACAGAGGGCCAUAUCGAAUAGAUCAACGUAUUGGAACACCUUAGUAGCUCUGAUAGCUAAGGAUGAACAAGGUAUAGUUACAAUGUAUAGAGAUACCUAA